AUGGCUGAACAGUUACAAGAAUCAUCAGACAAAAAUGUCGAAAUAUGGAAAAUUAAAAAAUUAAUUAAAAGUUUAGAAGCAGCUAGAGGUAAUGGUACAAGUAUGAUUUCAUUAAUUAUUCCACCUCGUGAUCAAGUACCACGUAUUGCUAAAAUGCUCGCAGAUGAAUAUGGUACAGCAUCUAAUAUUAAAUCACGUGUUAAUCGAUUAUCUGUUCUUUCUGCUAUUACAUCGGUACAAGCUCGUCUUAAACUUUAUAAUAAAGGUUUUAUUGAAAACAAAAAAAAUUCAAUUGAAAAUUUUAUUAUGUUAAUUUUUUUUAUAGUACCCAACAAUGGACUUGUUAUCUAUUGUGGAACAAUAGUAACAGAGGAUGGUAAAGAAAAAAAAGUUAACAUCGAUUUUGAACCAUUUAAACCAAUCAAUACUUCACUUUAUCUAUGUGACAAUAAAUUUCAUACUGAAGCAUUACAAGCCUUAUUAGCUGAUGAUUCUCGUUUUGGUUUCAUUGUUAUGGAUGGUAAUGGUGCAUUAUUCGGUACUUUACAAGGGAACUCUCGAGAAGUCAUAACAAAAUUUUCUGUUGAUUUACCAAAAAAACAUGGUCGUGGUGGUCAAAGUGCACUUCGAUUUGCUCGACUUCGUAUGGAGAAACGUCAUAAUUAUGUUCGAAAAGUUGCUGAAACAGCUGUACAAUGUUUUAUAACAGAUGAUAAAGUAAAUGUAACUGGAAUAAUUCUUGCUGGUUUAGCUGAUUUUAAAACUGAACUUCAUCAAUCUGAUAUGUUUGAUCCACGUUUACAAGUUAAAGUACUUAAACGAGUUGAUGUAUCAUAUGGUGGUGAGAAUGGUUUUAAUCAAGCUAUUGAAUUAGCUGCUGAAACACUUGGUGAUGUGAAAUUUAUUCAAGAAAAAAAAUUAAUUUCUCGAUAUUUUGAUGAAGUAUCAAAAGAUUCUGGUCAAUAUUGUUUUGGUAUUGAGGAAACAUUGAAAGCACUUGAAAUGGGCGCUGUUGAAACAUUAAUUGUUUGGGAAAAUUUUGAUGUUAUGCGUUAUGUUUUACGUAAUCCACAGACACAAGAAACAAAAGUUUUACAUUUACGUUCGGAUCAAGAAAAAGAAAAAUCACAUUUUCAAGAUAAAGAUAGUGGAGUUGAAUUAGAACAUGUUGAAGAAAUGCCAUUACUUGAAUGGUUCGCGAAUAAUUAUAAAAAUUUUGGUGCCACACUUGAAAUUGUAACCGAUAAAAGUCAAGAAGGCUCUCAAUUUGUUCGUGGGUUUGGUGGUGUCGGUGGUAUUCUUCGAUAUAAAGUUGAUCUUCAAAAUUUAAACGUUGAUGAAGAUGCUGAACCGAUCGAUUACAGUGAUUAUGAUUGA